CGGCGGGGGCGCGGGCCAUCCAGGCACGCCGGGCCUGGAACAGGUCCGGACCCCGACGAGCAGCGGCGGCCCCCCGCCGCCCGACGAGAUCCACCCGCUGGAGAUCCUGCAGGCGCAGAUCCAGCUGCAGAGGCAGCAGUUCAGCAUCUCCGAGGACCAGCCCCUGGGCCUCAAGGGAGGCAAGAAGGGCGAGUGCGCCGUCGGGGCCUCGGGCGCGCCGAACGGCGACGGCGAGCUAGGCAGCUGCUGCUCCGAGGCGGUCAAGAGCGCCAUGAGCACCAUCGACCUGGACUCGCUGAUGGCGGAGCACAGCGCGGCCUGGUACAUGCCCGCCGACAAGGCCCUGGUGGACGGCGCGGACGACGACAAGACGCUGGCGCCCUGGGAGAAGGCCAAACCCCAGAACCCCAACAGCAAAGAAGCCCACGACCUCCCCACAAGCAAGAACUCGGCACCGCAGGCUGGCAGCCACUUGCAGUGCCUGUCUGUCCACUGCACGGACGACGUGGGCGACGCCAAGGCCCGCACCUCCGUGCCCACCUGGCGGUCCCUGCACUCCGACAUCUCCAACAGAUUUGGGACCUUCGUGGCCGCCCUAACUUGAGUGACAAGCAGCGCCUCCUCCCCACCAGGCCCUCCCUACCCCCUACGUCUCCCCCUCCCCAGCCCGAUCACCCACCCCCCUGUUCAUUGGAAAGGGCCACUAUUGCCGAGUGGGUGAUUUUUUUUUUUUUAGGUUGGUACCUGCUUAGUGGCAUAUGGACCGGAAAGGGUUAAUUUAAAGGGGGGAACCUCAAAAGUUGUUUUUUUUUUUUUUUUUUAAAGAAACUUGUCUGCCACAGUAUGUUACCAGUGUUAACCCUCCUGCAGUUAGCAGACCUCUGCUUACGCGUUUUCUUGCUAGAUGGUUUGGUCUGUCUUCUGGGCAUACGUUUUUAGACAACCUCUCUCUCGCUUCCUCCUUAUGCUGCUGUAUGUCUGAGUAUUGUUGUUUCAUAAUAAGGCAUUGUUGCUCUCCUUUUUUAUUCUUUCUCCUCUUCUCUCUCCCCCCUUUUUUCUCCCCCUUUUUGCUUUGUUCACUGCUUAUUAAAAUGGAAAUUCUGGAGAUAGUAGUUCUGGAAUACCGCCCGGUGGAA